CAGAGACUGAAACGCUACACAGCAGCGCGCGGGAAGGAGCGCGAGCGCGAGCGCGUGCAUGCAGACGACACGCGCGCGCUGCUCCGUGACCCAUCUCACUGAACAAAGGAUUCCUGUUCGCAAUCUCUAGACCUAAAAUGGCGUCAGUUCAAUAUUCCAGCACCAUAGAGAUAAAGGAGAGUUAGUUGGUGGGGGAGGUGGACGGGAAGGGCGAGUGGGUAGAGCGGCUGGUUGUUGUUUUUUUGUGUUUUUUUUGUUUUAGCAUAAGGCCUCUCUGCCUAUCGCGGCAUUCUGACUCGCUGGUCGUAGUUCUGGGGGAAAAGCCCUGGGGCUUGUCUGAUGAUGGCGACGGAGGAAGAGACUAAGAAGUCCUUUCUCCAGGAAAUGCUGGAAAUUCAUAAAAUUCCUUGUGCUCGAGAAUCAUUUCUUUAUGGAAUAUUGGGCGGUCUAGGUGUAGGGCUUGGACACUUUUUGGCAACUAGCAAAGUGAGACGAUCCUAUAACUUGGGAGUAGGAGGUUUCUUUGUGACGACGUUAGGAUGCUGGUUCUAUUGUAGAUACAACAAUGCAAAACUAAGGUUUCAGCAACGCAUGGUUCAAGAAGCGAUAAAAAAUAAGAUACUGUUUGAAGGCACUCAGUUUGAUCCCACAGAGAAAAACAAAUAAUGAAAAAGAG